GAAAAGCAACCACAUCCGGAUGCAUAUGAUCCGGAAUUAUCGACAGCAUGGCUCGCCGAAAAGCCGACCGGACGCCUGCGGAGACCAUCGCGUUGGCGAAACAGAGCGUCUGUUACACCCGGUUAUGGUGGCUUGGCUUCCACGUCGUCGCAUAUGCGUAUCCCAUCUAUGCUGGCGCGUGGCGGCAGUACUUUCGGGACUGGACCACUGGGUUGGUGCUGUGCAUCGCGCUUGGAGUCAUGAACGCGGUGUGCUAUGUUGUGCUGCAGCGUUCGUCUCCAGGGUUCGUGCUGCCACAGGAAGAAGACAAACGCUUAGAAGACGACUAUGGAGUUGACGGGGGCGUGUUUCAUCACGACGACACCAGUGAUUCGCUCUUGGACGUCGAAGUGGCGCACGUGGACCGACGGCAUUAUUGUGCACAUUGCCACGUCCACCAGCCGCUUCGAGCCAAGCAUUGCAACGAUUGCGGACGAUGCGUCGAGCAGUAUGACCACCACUGUGUGUGUGCGGGUGUGUGCGUGGGGCGCGACAAUCACCGCCUGUUCGUGUUGUACAUGUUGACACAAUCGUUGGAAGCGAUAUGGGGGAUGGGCAUUGCGUCGUUCGGGAUGCGCAUGAACGACGAGACCGAUGACGACAACAGUCUGGAGCAGUGGCUUCGGGACAGCAUUCCGUUCAUGCUGCUCGUCGUGUUUGGGUUUUUAGUGUUCUUGAUCGCGUUUGGCCUGCUGUGCUACCACGUGUAUCUCAUCUCGACAAAUCAAGUACGCACGUCCAUUUUCCAUCUUCAAUUCACCAGUUGAACUUCGUUUGUACCUCAUAGUCGUCCUGGGAGCAUGCAAAGCGAAGCAAGAUCACAUACUUGAAGGACCUUCCGCCGGACGUCUUGCCCUUCAGCCAAGGCUCGCUCAUGAAUACGUGGCUGUUCCUGCGGGGAAGGCCAAGGAACGUGUGGACGUAUGUCGCCGAGGAACAUGCGGAAGCAUCGUCAUUUCCGUCGACGUUCGUCGAGGAAAGCGCGGACGCCGCUUCGAUCGCGGGGGACCUGUCACCUAUGGAGAUUGUUCUGAAAUGAUCGUUUUUCUUCGCGCGCAAUUGUGGAGUCCGGAUAAUUUAAACUUUACAGCC